AUGGGAUUAUUAGAUAAAGUUACUGAAGUAUUAACUUCAAAAUUUAAUUUUGUCGAUCUGGCUGGUACAGAAAGACUUAAAAGAACAAAUGCUGAAGGAAAUACAGCAAAAGAAGGCAAAAAUAUCAAUAAUUGCUUAUUGCAUCUGGUAAAUGUUAUCUCUGUAUUUUCUCGCAAAGAUCAUCAUAUUCCCGAUAGAAACUCAAAAUUGACGCUUCUGUUACAGGAUUCAUUAUGUGGAAAUUCAAAAACACUAAUGAUUGCAUGUAUAUCUCCAAGUAACGAAGAUUUACGUGAAACCAUUUCAACAUUGAAUUAUGCAAGUAUAGCAAAAGAAAUAAGAAAUAUGAUUUUUGUUGAUCAACGUAUUGAUAGAGGAUGCAAAGUUUCAGCAGAAAAAAAUGAAGAAAUCAAAUAA